UGUAUUCUGCAGAGGAGUGGUUUGCAGUCCGCGAUACCGUGGAGCAACUACUUGCCGGGGGUCGUCGCGGUCGCACCGACGCAUCCUCCAAGCAGGAGUCACGGGGCACCGCCGGUCUUGGGGCCGCAUCCCGCUGCAAGUCAUCGAGGUCACUCGGGUCAUCCGAGCGGUACCCCGGGCGGGGCUCCGGCCGCCGCCGCGCACGUAGCCAACUGCAACUUGAGUAUAUCUCAGCAACGGGAGCGCGAGGAGCGAGAGAUCCGGGAGAUCCGCGAGCGGGAGACCGAGAAGCAGCAACAGCGCUCGGGGAUCGAAGCCAGGGAUCACAUGCGGGAUCACAUGGCCGCGCACCACAGAGCCACCUACUACACGCUCACGGGUCACGCGAAUGUACCUACACAGGUGCCGCGACCCUCGAGCGUGCCCGGAAAGGUCGACUACCCGCCUCCGCCGGCGCACACGCGGUUGACGAAGCCGCCAGGUGCUCUUCACGAGAAAUCAUCCACUGUAGUUGGCUCGUCGCACAGCUCAUUACCGAAAGCCGAGCCGAACGUGAACCUGUUCAAUUAUUCGUCGACGUACCAGCCGUCCUGUCCGACGUACCUGCCGCCGCACGAUCUGAAGAACGAGCUGCGACAGUCGUCGUCAAAGUCUCAGCCGGGCAAGAGCGGGCUCGCCGGCGACCACGAGAGGGACCACCACGGCAGAGAGGUGCUGCAGAACCCGCCGUCACUGCUGCCGGAUCACAAGAGCUCGGUGAUUGUGAAGAACGAGGGCAGGGAACUGGCGAAAGCGCCGACGCCGCAGCAGCUCGCCCCGAUGAACGCGAGAAGCUACUUGCCUCUUCAACCAAUGCCGCACAAGUCAUACGAGCCGCCAUUCAGGAGUUUGACGCAGAGCCCGCACCAUCUGCAUCCCGCGCAUCCUAUGGAAAGUCUACAGGCGGCGAAGAGCAUCGUCUCGUCGGCGAGUCAUCAUCGGGGCGGUAGCGGCGCGCCGACGACGACGACGACGACGCAGCAGCAACUGCCGAGUCCGCACAGCCAUCCGCCACCGCCGCCAGCGCCUCCCGAACCGCGUCUGCAUUCGCAUAAUCGUCAAUCCCCGCACGCCCUGCCGUCGCAGCAUCCGCAUCAACCACCCCCGCCGCCGCAUCCUUCGCCACCCGAACCGCGCUAUCUCAACAGGUCGGAAGCAGCGGGUCUGCCGUACGGCGCGGCCAAGUCCACGUAUUCGUACCCGCAUCCGCCCACGGCCUCGCCGACGCCGUCGUCGCACUACACCACGCCGCCGCCGGCCGGCUCUAAGCCGAAAGUCAGCAGCCCGGCGCCGCCGCACAUUUACGGCAAGCCUAACUCCGGUAUCAUGACCGGCACGCCGGUCUGCCGUGCCUCCGAGCCGCCCGUCGCCGCACCGAUACCAUUGACCUCGAAGGCCGGCAGUUCGCCUUACCAGCAAGUGCCUCAUCAUCACGGGGCGCCGCCGCCGCCGUUGCCGCCGCCCGCGCAUAGCCGGCCGCCGAUUUACGACGGUCGCUACGUCGGCUCGUUGGCGAGCGCAAAACUGCCGCCACCGCCGUUACACGGUUCUCCACCAACGGCCGCCUCGGCGCCGCUUUCGAGGCCGAUCGCCCACCCCGCUCAUCCCGCUCAUCUCAGUACCAGUCCGCAUCAGCAGUCAGGUCAGACGUUGCAGCACGCGCAGUCCCAGAUCACUACGGCCUUCCAGACGCAACCGCUCGACCUCGGUGUGGAGAGAUCGGGCUCGCCCAAGAGGAAAGCGCCGACGCCAUUGUGCGACGGUAACAGUCAGCCGGUGUCGUUGGAAGUCUUCAAGAAGAGAAGAACCGAGGAACCGCAACCAUUGUCCUUGCAAUGCGUCGGCCAACCCGUUCUGUCGAGGGUGAGCGAACCAAGUCCGCUCAUUGCCUCGGCCGCCACGUCCAUCACCACGGUCGUCAAUACCGCGGCGUUGCUGGCACAGUCGAAUAGUCAAACGACGCAGGAGCAACGCACGGUGACGGCUGUGAGCCUGGCACCAGGCGCCGCUAGCGGUGACGGUUCCACGCGACCCGCCAGCACCGGUAGCGUUUGCUCGCUGAACCCCGCGCCAUUGAGCGCUGCACCUAGCCCAGCACCUAUACCCAGUCCGGCGCCAUCUACAGCUCCCAGUCCGGCGCCCAGCGCGCCCGGCACUCCCGCCAAAGUAAACCCUAGUACCGGGGCGGACAGCGAGAAGUCCAACAGUCCGGCACCGAGGCCGCCUAGCAGUACUAGUUAUCCGGGGCACAAGUUGAAGAAGGCGUGGCUGCAGAGACACUCGAGAUGCGAGGACGGCACCGAGAAUAUCAGCAAUAUGGUCAGCAGUGUCACGUUACCCUUGAAUAUCUCCAGGGAGACGCCGUCGUCGAACAGCAAGGAUCGCGACAGCAGCAACACGUCGAAUGCGAACAACAGCAACGCGCCGACCACCUGCUUACCUAGUGCGGUUAAUUCGAUUCACAAUAUUGGUAGCAUGGCGGUGAAUAGCAUUCAAAAGAGCAAGGUCACCGGCAAGAGUGGUCGGAAACCAGCGAACAAGGAGUCGCUGAACGGUCACGCCACGGACACUAGCAAAACCCCGCAAGAGGACUCGUCCAGCAGCGACCCGGAGAGGAAGUCGCCGCCAAAACGAAAGCCACCCAAGGUAAAACGAAAGAAGGGCGCCGCACGAAGGCAACAAACGGCCGCGGAAGAUCAGCGGAGGCGAAAAGAGGACAAGCAAGGCGGCGGAGCUGGUGCAGGCAGCGAGUCCAGCAACGAGAGCGAGGCGGGCUCCGCCAGUGACACCAGCGAACAAUUGAGCACCAUUCAACCUGCUUCGAGGGUUCGACAUACCACGGCCAAUUCCAACAAUUCCUCAGGAAACGCAGGAAAUAAGGAGCCGAGGAAACGUGGUAGAAGACCAAAGACUACGAAAGGCAAUGAAGUAGGAGGGGAAGAUCAGCAGCCUCGUCAGAAGAAGGAACGUAGAGACGACAGUACAAGCGGCGGUAACAAUGGACCAGGCGGAAGUGGCGGACGAGGUGAUCCCUUUCGUAAACCACCGAUAUCGCAAUUGAAGAAAACUGGGGAGAGCUGGCUGCAGGAUGGCGCUUGUUUCGAGGUGGCUCCAAAGCUAGCCAAGUGUCGCGAGUGCCGAUGGACGCCGCAUCAGCGCUCCAAGAACCUUCCUCAAAACAUCUUCUGCAGAUUUUACGCGUUUCGCAGACUGCGUUAUACCAAAAACGGACAAUUGGCAAUAGCGGGAUUCAGCGACCCACACAAGGAUGCAUCCGAAGAUGAUCUUCGAUUAUGGUUACCAGGAAAAGAUAAUCAAGAAACAACAGGAAAAGAUGACAAAUCGGAGAAAAACGAGAAAGACAAAGGUGACCGAGAAGAUUUAGAUUUAGAAAUGGCUCAUCGGCUGCUUCGACAGGUUGGCGAUCAAUUUUGUGAUCUUUUACAUCAAGAAAAGGACGCUCUUCAAGAACACAUGGCUGAAGACGCAACAGUAGCAUGGAAACGAGUGAUCCAAGGUGUUCGAGAGAUGUGCGACGUGUGUGAGACUACCUUAUUCAAUUAUCAUUGGGCCUGCGGCAAAUGCGGUUUCGUUGUGUGCAUCGACUGUUAUAAGGGACGUAAAAAUGGGACAAUCAAGUGUUGGGGCGAGAGUGGAAAAGACAGAGACGAAUUCUCAUGGCUUUUAUGCACGAAUAGACAAGCACAUGAACCGGAACGGCUCAUGCUCACGCAAAUUAUCGCUGGGGACAGUCUUUUGCGAUUGGGGCAACGUCUGCACGACUGUCGUGGAGAAUGGGGAAUCCCCCAACAUUGCGUUUGUUCUCUCGUAACUUCGACACAGUCCAACGAGAUCCUUCGAAAUCUGAUCAAAGGUGAUUCUGUGCUUGUUCUCAACGGAAAUGUAAAGGAUGCGAAGGAAGAGAAGAAGAUAAAUGAAUCUAACGGUGCAUCGGAAAGCAAGACCAACGGCGAGGAUAAAAACUCACCGCUGAACUGGCUAGCGGAUGUAGCGUUGCAGAAUCAGGACAAAAACGAAAGCGGUUCGAGUUCGGAUUCGGAUGAAGAUCGCGAGAACUUCUCAACAUUACGGGAAUUGCUCAUCAGGCCAUCGCACAAGUCAAAUGGUAGCGGCGGAUCCAGAUCAAAUUCGCCGACUACCAACUCAGCGGUGGGUGUAAACGCUACUAGCGGGGCCAGCAAUAACGCUUCGCAAAAUAAUGUCGCCAAAUCCAAAAAAUCAAAGAUGGAUACGCUGAUGAUGAGGGUAAUAUCCAGUGUGAUCGAGCAUAGUGUGAAGAAGGAGGAAAGGGAUAGUCUGGACGACGAAAAACCACGGGAGUUGAAGCAUUUUGUGCGACGUUACAAGUGGACUCAGCGUGGCCGAGAGCCAUUA